CAUCGAAGACAAACCUCUCGUCGUGGUAAAUUUCGCUGGUACAUCUCUGGCAGAAAUCCAGCACAAACGAAAACAAACGCAACAAAGAUAUAGACACCAAACAAAACCCAGAACCCAGACACGAUGUCCCGCAAAGCCCGAGAAGACAAGUCGGCGUGGAACAUGCCCCURAUGUACGCCUUUGUGGGAGAAUACGGGCCGUUCAAAACGAGGGGGUACGAGCCCAUCCAGAACACGCUGAUCUGGCUGUGCAACAGCAAGCGYGAACGGACCCAACUGCGGGACCAGGCAACAGCAACGAAACGAAAACUGAAGCGAACCGAAAAGCACCCCAUGUUCUCCGUGGCGGGCCACCUCCAGCACGAGCUAGUGGCGAACCGGAACGACCCGAGCGGAGGGACGGAACGCUAUUCCUCCGUUUUGGUCGUAGACCUGGAGGACAUGUUUGCCAACGAGGAGGACUACGRUGCCGCCCUGGCGAAGGAACUCGAGGAGGUGGAACUCACCAAGGGCUUUGGGAAAAAACUGCUGCGCCUCUUCCAGAAACUCUUGCUGGUGGAGGCAAAGGUGGCGGCCAGGGGUGAACUCUGCGGGGUCCUCCUGAAGCUCUACCAGGCCAUUCAAAAAAUGGACGACGCCUCGACCCACAACAAUAACAACAACGGUAGCAAGAAGAAACACAGCGCCAACGGUGGCAAGAAGAAAGGCAAGCCGGCGCCAAGCCAGGACGCCAUCUACACGAUCUCGGAGCUCUGGUUGCUGGACCCAGAGCUAUCGGCAAAGUACAUCAACACACACAUGGUCGCCACGACGGGUUCCAGGGCGAACACGCAUCCGGUGCAGCUCAACGUGGUGUCGUCGCCGGGGGCCCCGGCGAGUUGCUCGAAACGAACGGCGGUGCUGAAGCAUUUCUUUCCCAACCUGGGAACCGACCUGGUGGUGGAAAGCGGCAAAGAACAAACACGCAGCAAAUCCAACGACGACGACACCGCAGCGACGGAACCCACAGCACCGAACUGGUUUUCCAUCAUCUCCAACCGCCGGGCUCCCGAGGAGGUCGAUUCCCCCGCGUACGAUCCGUCCGUUUGCAACGAUCUCGGAAAAAUGCUCUUCGCCUCGGUGCUGARGGUCGAAAUGAACAAGCAUUCGAAGCAGUACGAGCGCAACUGCUUCGAGAUGACRCAGGACCUGCUGCUGGAGACGGUGGURGAAACAGGAGACGGCGACGACGAAGACCAGCCCCUCGACCGCAAGUCCAUCGACUGGUCCUCGUGCGAGCRCCACGUGGGGGCACUCAUCCUGCGGGGGAACCGGUGCGUCCUGGCACGAUCGCUGGACAAGAAAUGGAAGGGGAUGCGGAUYCCCUCCGUGGUACCGGGGCCGAGCGAGUCYCCGGUGGAAGCCGCGAUCCGUGCGGGGACGGAGUUCACCGGGGUCGACGCGGACGAGUUGCUCCCCCUCCCGAACGUCCUUCCGGUGGCCGUCUAUGCCCCGGGCGGCCGGGCCCUGAUGGUAGAGCUGUACCCGCUGUAUGCAAAGUUCCCGCCCCCCGACGGACCCCUCGAGGACGCCGACAUGGAGGACGACGAGACGCCGUACGAUUGGUACACGCUGGCCAACGCCACGGUCCGGCUUGGGAGCGACACCGCCUCGGUAUCGGCCCUGCAGGGCAUGGCGCUGAACCUGGUGCAGGCGGCAAACGUGGGGCUGGUUCCUGCCAAGUGGGGCGGGGUCUUUGGGCAGGAGCUCCGGCAGCGGAUCGGGGACAGCGGCACGGAAGCCAGCGCGGGCGCGGCGAUCGCCGCGUCCCUGGAAACCAGCGUCGAGGAGUGGAAGCCGACCCGGCAGGGAGACGUCCUGCAAGACGUUCGAAAGGCCAACCGGGCCCUAGCGGAAAAGCUCACGGCGAAUCACCAGAACGGGGCCCGCAGCACAAAGCUUCCGGUGACCCUCCUCUCCGGCUUUUUGGGAUCCGGAAAAACGACGMUCCUGUCGCACAUUCUGUCCAACUACGAGGGCCUGAAGGUCGCGAUCCUGGUCAACGACAUGGGGGAGAUCAACAUCGACGCGGCCCUGAUCCAGAAUGGCGUCAGUGUGCGCCAGAGCAAGGAACACAUGGUCGAGCUUUCGAACGGCUGUAUCUGCUGUACCCUUCGGGAGGACCUUCUGGUGGAGGUCGCGGCCAUUGCCGCCGAUACCUCCUUUGACUACCUGCUGAUUGAAUCUACGGGUGUGUCGGAGCCCAUGCCGGUGGCCGAAACCUUUACCUUUGAGGAUUCCACGGGGCUGAGGCUGGGGGACAUUGCCGAGAUCGAUACGCUGGUCACCGUGGUGGACGGCUCUCGUUUUAUGAGCGAGAUGCACUCUCUCGAAAACCUCCAGGCACGCAACUGGCACGCCGAUCCGGAGGACCAGCGGACCAUUUCGCACCUGCUSUGCGACCAGGUGGAAUUUGCGAACGUCGUGAUCCUGAACAAGUGCGAUCUCAUCGGGGACGACGAAAGGGUACAGGUGAAAUCACUCAUUCGAAAAAUGAACCCGGAUGCCCGCAUCCUCGAAUCGAAGUUCGGCAACGUUCCCCUGGAUUGCGUGCUCGGAACGCGGUUGUUUUCCAUGUCCGACGCCGAGAAGCACGAGAAGUGGCUGCAGGAAGCCCGCUACGGCGAACACACACCCGAAACGGAGGAGUACGGCAUCGGAAGUUUUACGUACCGCGCGAGGAGGCCGUUUCUACCCGACAUGCUCGAACGGGUGCUGGAAGACCUGCUGGGGGGAACGGAAGUCCCGUUCGAUUCCUCGAAGAUCAUUCGAGCCAAGGGCUUUGUGUGGCUGGCGGGCUGCUCGCAGCUCCAGGGUGAUUUUUCGCUGGCGGGCAACCACUACUCGCUCCUUCCCGGCAAUCCCUGGUGGGCAGAAAUCGACAAAUCRCACUGGCCCGAGCACCUCGAGAGCAGCAUUGCUCCCCUCUGGCACGAACCGUACGGGGAUCGCCAGCAAGARAUUGUCUUUAUCGGGCAGGGGCUGGACCGAGAGGCCGUGUGCAAGGCCUUUGACACGUGCCUGGUGCCCCCCGACUCGAUGGAGGCCGGCCAGGAAACCUGGGACGCAAUGGUGCACGAAUACGGCGAUCCGUUCGCAGAAACCUGGGACGCCGCCAUUGCCCUCGCCCAAAAGGAGGGAGAAGGCCACAGCCAUGACCACGAUCACAGCCACGAGGCCGCCACCGCAGCGCAGUAACCGGCCCAAUAGCCUAUGCAAUUGUGUUACAAAUCUUGCGAUAGCGUUUUGAAUCUGAUGUAGUCCGCGACUCGUGCUUAGCUGUACUGCGCUUGGAAUGGGACCAUUAGGAUACUAAAUCGGGCUUGUGUGC